AUGAUUGUUGUGUUUAUUUCUAAUAAUGUCAAAGGUACUCAUUUCUCUGAGGAUGGUAUCCAUAACAUCCAUGCAUUUAACUUCAAGGUGAAUGCUCAGCUCGAUGGUCAAGACUAUACGAAGCUACAAUGCAGUAAGCUUGUCUCCAAUAUCAAAACACUUCAUCAUCUUCAGUCUCACAUGUCUUCCUUGAGUCUUAUCACACCAGUCAACUACCACUGCUGUCCUAACUCCUGCAUCUGCUAUACUGGUGACUAUCAGCACUUUGAUCACUGUCCCCACUAUUCCAAAUCAUGCUAUGACAACCAGGGUUGA